AGAUUUUGUACUGAAUGUAAAUCAAAAGUUUUGAGGGCAUACAGUGUUCUGGCAGGAGAUUUGGAUGGACCAAGUGAAAAGGGGUAGGUAUGAAGUUAUGUAAAGACAACAAUAUACCUGGUGAGGGUGCUUAAUUUCCUUAGCUGUGAGCUCAGUUUGAUUUUAGACCUGUUGUAUCAGAAGUUUGGAUGAUUUUUUGGCCUUGCUAGAGGAUUUCUAUAGGAUUCUCAAGUUUCCUUUCAUGAAAAACUAGCCUGUGAUGCAGUUGUCUUAAUAGGGGUCAACAUUACAAGUUUGCAAUCAGUUAUUCCUCUGUCCAUGUUUGGUAUAGCACUAGAGUGGACAGAAGGGGGGCAUCUCCUUUCUUUUGACUGUUGCUCACCCCCUUGGUACAAUUUGUUUUCUCUCCCCAGCCUUUCCACUGCUGUAAAAAUCAAAGACAGCAGCUUAAUUUUCACCUAGAAAAUACAGAGUACUUGCUUGCCAAAACUACACUUGCUCUGCAGGCUAUUGAAAACCUGAUAAGUAGAUUGAUAUGUUCUGUGCUUUUUUAAAACAUCUCAUAGAUUAACAAGCAAUGUUUCUUUCUGACUCAUCUAGUUACUGUGCUACUUUGUAUGAUGGUCUUAAAAGCUGUCCUCAAGACCGGCAUGUCCAUGUACUGUGUGAUACAGACUACAUUGCACAUUUAAUUGGACGGGCAGAACCAGAGCUGGCUGGAGGGUAUGCAAUACUUGUAUCCUGUUGUAGCUCAUGACAGGGCUUUUCAAAAGCAUCAUUAUUUUUCAUGUGGUUCUGGCCGCCUACUUUUUGCUUUUCAUUUAAUUUGGUUUUAUACAAGAAAUUAGGGUGAUUAGUAGAAAUGAAAAGCUUUUCACUCAUGGGAGCUUUAAGGAGCUCUGUUGCUAUAGAUUGUUUCCUGUAGUGUGAUACUGCUGUUGGGUGGAAGAGUGUAAGGGUGCUAUCCCUUCCCCCUGUGUACAGGGGAAGAAAUGGUAAUUUAUCAUGAUCAAAAGCUAGGGAUGCUUAAAAAUGCCUGUAAAGCAUCAGUGGAGAAGCUCCGCCAACCCCUCUCUCUAGAGAGAACCUUGCUUUAAGCACUACUUUUUUUUAGAUUCGUUCCUGAAUUUUUUCUUAACCCUUUACAUCUUAACAUCAGCAUGUAUAUUCUCCAUACUGUUAAAGGGUUAAGAGUGUGGCGUACCGCUAAAGUAGAUUCAAAACACUUCGCUAACAGAGUACUGGCUUCGAUUCAUAAGCUUCUCUUUUAUGUGUUGUGAUAGGAGGAGAGAAAGGCAUGCUAAGACACUGGACAUUGCCCAGGAAGAGGUAGGAAAAUUUUCGCUUUAAGUUUGUUAGAACUUCUAUGAGGUGUCAAUCGGUUGCUUUAUGUUGGAGGAUAUUCUUUCCACUUACCAAUAUCGUUAUAUUCCCUAAAACUACUUUUCCGCAACAAGGUUAGCUGGUGGUUAGUAUCGGUGAGGCUUCUUUCCGUACUAAUUUAAACCAUCUUAUUUUCGGUCCAUCUUGAAGGUGUUAACGUGUCUCGGUAUUCACCUGUGGGAAAGACUUCAUCGACUGUGGCAGAAACUGAGGGCUGAGGAGCAAACGUGGCAGAUGCUGUUUUAUCUGGGGGUGGAAGCUCUAAGGAAAAGUUUUGAGGCAAGAUAAGAGGCGCUUUCAUUUUAUUUGUUGACUUUCUAUUCAUUAUUUGCUGAGGAAUAGUUGGAUUGACCAGAGUUUGAAUAGAACGAUUGAUUGAAUAAACAAGAACCGAAUUGCUUAGCUUCACGGAACGAUCAACGGAAGCUCUAACUGUUAAUCCAAUCAAACCAAAAUCACAUGAAGGUAUGCAAAAAAGAAAACAAACAAGCAAAAAACAGAAAUGAACAAACGAUCCACAAUAGUUACGGAGUGAAAUAAAGAACGAGGGAACAAACUACAUGAUCAAACGAAGAAAAACCAGGUUAUUUUACCUGUUGAUUAUCUUUAGGGAACUUGACCAUAGUUCCAGCAACAAGUAAUGUUGGUUGGCGAUGUUUUGCGUUUCUUUUUACAUGGGUGUCGUUUUGACUUUGUCAGGUGGCGGUUGAAGAAAAGCAAGGCAUAUCACGCCUGGAACAAGUCGUCGAAGAGAUUUCUGAGGCGGAGAGAGCCAAGGAACUCAGAAGAGAGCAGAAGCGAUUGAAAAAGAAAGCGAGACGCAAAGAGAAAUGUAAAUGUGGUACUCACUUAACUAUCUCGACAGCGAACAAUGAACUGCAAACAGAGGAAACUGCGAAAAACGAGGAGGAAUUGGUAGAGGAAGAGGUAUGUACGAAUGAGAUCGUGGAAGAGACAAGGGAAAUGAAUGGACAUGGCGAUAGCUGUGAAGAUGAUGAAGAUGACGGAGACAGUGGCGGUUCACCGUGCAGUUGUGAAGACUUGAGCAACUCUGAGCGAAGCAAGAGCAAAAAAUCGGGUUUUAGGAAUGGUGACUGCGGGUACGUAUCUUUUCCAGGUUACCAGACCCAGUUGCUCAAAGGGUGGCAAACGCUAUCUAAAGGAUAAAUCGCUAUAUAAAGGAUAAAUUGCUAUCUAGCAGAUAAGUGUGAAGUAAAGGUGCAGGGCUAUCCAAUGGAUAGAUAUUUAUUUAGUGGAAAGUGUUAUCCAACCUUCAAACAACCGGGGCCAGAUUGUUAGCAUCGAAAACACUUUUGUGUAGCUUGUUACGGAGAAAGUUGAUAAAGUACUUCAGAGUUAAACCGACGCUAAAAUUGCUAGUUGCCUUUCCUGGUUGAUCUUUUGCGCCUUAAAAUAAGUAUGUAUGGCUAUGUAAGGCUAUUUUCCUUUCAUUUAUUGACUUGAAGUGAUCUGUUGUAGGUACGUAGCAGAGUACAAUAAAUGGUCCAGGAUGGUACACCAGAGUGGAGACAUGUGUAAUCAUGGCGAAGAUUCUUCGACGCUAGGAGGAGAGGAAGAGGAUAUAUGUACAGAUUGUUUGAGUGGGAGCCCAAUUAGUGGUGGAUCUCCACAGAGCAAUAAUGGAAAGGGAAGAAAGAAGAAGGGCAAAAACAAGGAGAAGAAGGUAAACAUAUAAGCCUCCUAUCCACACCCCUUCACGAUGCUUGAUUAGUUAUCUCUUUUCACUCCCAUCAGCGACCAAGAGAGAAUUUCUCCUAACAAUAUCAAUACAAUCUCAAUCAGACAAGUGAUGAGAAUAAAGAAAAAUAUCAUUUAGGGGAUUAUAAGUUGAUCCAAUAUCAAAUUCUCUAAACUAACAUCGCAAGAACUGUAUGGCAGACAGUUAGGAGAAUUACUAAUGAGAUCUUGGGAGUUAAAGGGUUAUUGUGCGGUAGUUUCAAUCGUCAUGCAAUCUUGUCACUCUAACCAAGGCGGUCACGCUUUUUUGCCGUGUGAAGCUUACGUGACUAAAGGGAAGAUGCCAAAUGUAAUUUUGCAAAUCGUUACUUUGUUCUUCCUCACCGUUAAGUCAAUGAAAGUAUUCACUCAUUCAUUCAUUCAUUCAUUCUAGUCUUCAAUAUUGUUUUUAUCUAUCUCUUUAGCAAAACUCGCCGAGACAUGAAAAGCAAGAAAAGCUUGUAGAAAUUAUUGAUGACGAAGAAAAACGGCUCCUGAAGCUAAUGGGUUGGAAGGAUGGAGGAACAGAGUCAAUGGUGAGUUAUUUUUAACUAUACUUCCGUCGCUCUAUGGCGAUUUAGGUUUUCCCUGGGAUCCGAUACCCCCAAGGGUAGAAUAUCCCCUGAUCUCAAACUUCCUGUUGCGUCACGAUUUGUGCUUCUUGAAAAAGAAAGCUUAAGUUUAGAUAGUCUUUUUUAAUUUUUAUGUACAGUCAGCUUAAAUCUUCUCCAUCCUUAGCUAUCUUUACUUCCUCCUAGUUUAUCUUUAACUUAUCUUCGUUUGUCUUUAUUAUCGUGUUAGUAUUUUGUAUUCUCCGUCACGUUGUGCACCACUGAGCCAGUUGCGACUGGUCACGCGAUCAUAAAUUAAUGCGAGAGGUUACGUCACACAAAUGUAUAUCGGGAUCGUGAACAACAGGACGCUUUUCUCUAGAUUGGUAUACUAUCGAUUAACCUUUGUCGUCUUUCUUCAUUUUACAUCGUAGGAGUGUUUUUCGUCGGAGGAAGAUCUCUGUAUAUCCGAGCAGGAAAUUCUACGGUUCAAAGCGAACCAAUCGUCAGUGUCACAGCAGCGGCGGAAGCUUCGAGAGAAACUUCGCCAACAAUUUAACAAUUUGACGCUUAAGGAGGGUCUUAACGUCGCUAUUGUUCAUUAG